CCCCUGAGGUGGGGAUGUGGCUCUUCUGGUGGCCGGAUGGCGUCUUCAGAGCCUGAAGAGGCACUUCAGGACUUGCUAUCUGUCUCGUUGCUCGACUUGGAGAACGCGCCCCAUUCCCGCAGCCGCUCUGCCAGCGUGAGCAGCACCGGCUCCAGCGGGCGCGUUCAGCUGCGGCAGCGUGUGGCCCAGCUCAUGGCGUGUGUGGAGGAUGUCAGUUCAGACGAUGAGAUUCAUGAGGAAGUCUCACGCACGAUAGAUGAGGCAUUUCUCAUCUGUGGGAAGAAACUGAAGGAGAAGCUCCAAGAGAUCAGGUUGUACAUGGUCACCUGGAACGUGGGGACGGCUUCACCCCCUCCUGAUGUCACCUCUUUACUUCAGCUCAACUCACAAGACCCAGCAAUGGACAUGUAUGUCAUUGGUUUACAGGAGGUGAACUCCAAGAUUGUGAAUUUCCUGGCUGACAUGGCUUUUGAUGACCCAUGGAGCAUUUUCUUCAUGACAGUUCUCUCUCCUCUGGGCUACGUCAAGGUGUCUUCCAUUCGAAUGCAGGGACUCCUCCUCCUGAUCUUUGCACAACAGGUCCACCUCCCUUUUAUACAGGAUGUCCAAAGCCAGUUCACCCGCACAGGCCUCUAUGGAUAUUGGGGAAACAAAGGAGGCGUCACCAUUCGCAUGUCCCUCUACGGGCACUCCAUCUGCUUCCUGAAUUGCCACUUGCCAGCCCAUAUGGAGAACGCGGAGCAACGAUUGGACGAUUUUGAGCACAUUCUGGAAAUGCAGCAUUUUGAAAGAGAGGAGAUCCCCAGCGUCCUGGAGCAUGACAUUCUCUUCUGGUUUGGCGAUUUAAACUUCCGGAUUGAAGACUAUGGGCUGCAUUUCAUCCGAGAGUCCAUAAACAACAGACGGUUCAGUCUCUUGUGGGAAAAAGACCAGCUAAAUAUGGCUAAGAAGAAGGAAGCUUUUCUUCAGGAAUUCAUGGAGGGGCCCCUGAAGUUCAAGCCCACCUACAAGUUCGACCUGUACUCGACUGAGUAUGAUACCAGGGGUCAGAAGACAUUGUUUUGGUUUAAUGGGAAGAAACGGAAGCCUGCGUGGACGGACCGGAUCCUUUGGAGAGUGAAGCAUCUGUUAUGCCCGGCCUCAGAAGCAGGAGAGGUGCCAGAAGAGCAGCCCAUUUCGGUGUCUCUGCACAGCUACGGCAGCCACAUGAGCUACGGCAUUAGUGACCACAAGCCCGUCACAGGGACUUUUGAGCUUGAGAUGAAGCCUCUGGCAUUGACUCCACUGGUUGUGCUGCACCCUCUGGGGAACUGGAAUGCCGAACAAGAUGCCACCGUCAGCUACUCCACAGCUCCUGAGUUCCCAAGCAGCGCUUGGGACUGGAUUGGCCUCUACAAGGUGACAUUCAGGCACGCCAAUGACUACAUGAUGUAUGCUUGGGUGCAGGACAAUGAAAUUUCCUCUGGGGAGGAUGCCAAGCAGGUAUAUCUUGGUGCUGAUGAGCUCCCUGCAGCAGGAGGGGAGUUUCUCCUGGGUUAUUACAGCAACACAAUGGAAUCCAUAGUUGGCAUCAGCCAGCCCUUCCAGAUUCAGCCCAGCAGAACGUUGUCCCAGAUGGACCCGCUGUGGGAUGGAGUCAGCAGGACGGAAAACCUGUGCAAUGAGAAGCCACCGUGUGACUUUUGAAACGUGCCCACGCACCUGCAGCGGAUGCUGGGAAGGCGCUCCUUCCUCUGCCUUAGUAACAGGCCUCUCUUUCUGGAGGAGGUGGCUGGGCACACAGACGGUCACUUGGGUCUGUAAAUAUUUAUCACUGUCCCAGGAGGUGGCACUGCUGGAUUAGGGCUGCACUGCCUUCAGCUGCUGCUGAAUUGUCGCUUUCCCCAGAGGGCCCCCAGUGGCACCCUUCUUCCAGGGACUUAAACGAGGGCAUUCCUAAGGCCCUACCUGCUUUUCUCUUUUUUGUAGAGGGUAUUUUAGGAACCAGGCAGUUCGUUGCAAUAUUAAGUAGUCAAUGGUGGUUGAUGCUGCUGCUGUUUUGUUUUGGUUUUAAACCUAGCAUUCCAGGAGUCUGCUCUAAUUUUUAUGAAACACAUUUAGAACUUUCUUAAAGUUAGAACUUCCUUGGGAGCAGGAAUACAUUUUAUUUUAUAGCUGACAGGAAAAUGCAGUCAGCUGUUACACUUUGGUUGCUUGGAAACAUGAGACAGUGGGGCAGCAGAAAGGGGGCUGGGGCUGCAGAGGGAGGGAGGUUCUGGCUGGCACAGCGGUAUUUUUGUGGUGUCUGCUUCCUGCCCAGGGAGUUUUAUUCCCCUGGAGCUCUUCAUUGUCUGUCUUACAAAAAAACCAAAAAUCCACGCUGGCUAUGGCCACUCAGCACCCUCCCUCUGGUUUCUUCAAGGUCUCUGAUUUCAGGAAGGAAUAGGAUGCGGUGUGUCUCCCUCUGCCCUCCGAAAGCUGUCUAAUAACAAAGCCGUAGCAUUCAGCCUUGCCAGCAUCUUCCUGGAGAUGAUCCUAAUCAGCCUUGUGUUGAGUUUCUGGCUCCAUACAGCAAUGGUGUUGAAAACCCUUUGCUGGUAUAGGAAACCUGGCCCUUCCCCUGCCACACUGCACUUGCUGUGGUCUCCACGCCCCAUAGAAAGCUCAACUGUUCCUUCUUACACACAGAUGACUUGGAAUGCGCUGUGGAAGGGGCUCUUGCAUGCUUCCAAGGCAGAAAUGUGUUGGGUGUGGAUUUGACACAGUCUGGAAGCUCUUACAGGAAUGGAUCCCACUUUGCUGUAAUGCGAACCCUCAAGAAGUCAUGUGGGUGCGUGGAUGCGCAGAGUGUAUGGGCAUACCUGGAAUCUGAGAAUGUGCUGGCUGUUCCUGUGAUUAAAAGAUUUCUGUCAGGAAAAGGGGUGGUAAAUUUUCAAGUGAAUGGAGGGAGGCGGGGAGCCUGGGCCCAAAUAAUUGUCUUUGUUGCUGGACGGAAGGAGGCUGCACCACAUCCACUCAUCAUCUUAGGUCUAAGCACUUCCCGUGGGUGUGUUUCAUCUGAAUGUCCCUGUUGCACCACAUAACAAGCUCUUCUAUGGCCUCUGCUCCAGAGGAGAGGAGUUUCCCCUCAUCCCUGCUAGUGCUUCUGAGAGGGAAGAAACCUUGUGCAAUUCUAGGCAGGUGUCAUCUUGGAAGGCUUUUAAACGAGCUGGGGGUGGGAAUGUUUGCAUGGCCCAUCAGAUUAGUUUCAGUCAGUGCUGAAUGGAUUUAAAGUUGUGGGGCGCACUCAAUGUAAUUGGCUGCAGAUUGAGAGCAGGAUCUCCAUGCGAAUGGGCCCAAGGGAAGAAGGUGUGUCUGGGAAGGUCACCUGACCCGGGGCUGUCCCUUGCAACCUAAGCCUUGGCGUUGCGGCUGGGACAGAAGGUCCUUUGGGAGCAGACUGCGUCAGAUUGGAGUAUACUGGUGCUUUUGUGCAAGUCACUUUGUUACAUGCCUUUAGAUGUUCUUGCUGGAGGUCUUAUGUCUUUCAAUAAACACCCCCAAGAGUCCACCCUGUGCCACGACUGACAAAUAAUGUUGUAAUUCAUGCCUUGUGACUGGUCUGUUGCAGCCUCUGUAGAAUUUCAUUUUCUCUUUUAGCAUUGUGGCCGUCCAGUUUGUUUGCUCUUUGCUUUACUUCAGCCUGGUGGGAAUUUUAGUGGAGGCCAUCUAAUUGGUGCCUAAUAUUUCUAAAUGAAGUGCUGGAAUGCAUGAAAGGAUUUCACCCAAGAAUUGUUUGGCAGUCAUUCUUCAAGCGUAUUCUGUCAACACACCACGCUGACAGGGUGGCAAAAAAGGUGGCUUUGCUCUUUCGUUGUGCCAAAGGGGCUUCUGCUGUUUAAAAGCAAACGGAUUUGUUGUGGCAAAAGCUUGUGGAGAUGGUGCUCAGCCUGUUCUGGAUGGCGGUGCGCUUUCAGAACAGGUUCACAGCUUGGUGAUGUCUGUAGCUCUGGCUCUGAUGUGGUACACCUACAUGGCAUGAAGCACAAUGACACCGGUGGCACAAAGCCUGUUUCAUGAACACUACCUGGUGCACCAGCUGUCUCCUCUUGGGCAGCGAUGGUUUUGCCUACUGUUACCCAUAUCUGGAUAACAUUAUUGCUGUGUGUGUCAUGCUGUCUAUGGCUCAGACAGCAGUGGACAGGUUUUUACCUGGACCUGCCUUGUGCUACGUGCUGUAUUAGUAUUUGGCCUCGUUCACUGGCUACCAGAUUGUUUCUGGGUACAGUUCAAAAUGCUGCUUUUAAAAACCUGAAGCCUUUAAAGGGCAUCUCAAGGUCCGCUGCUGCCUCCUGUGUGAACACGCCUGUUCUCUGAGACCGGUCGGAGAUCCUGCUCCGUGUGCCCCGCCUACAGAAGCCACACAGGUAGUAAUUGGGGCAGGGCACCUCCCUUGUGCAACUGCCUUCCCAGGCAGGAGACUCACCUGGAUCUCACACCUUUCUGUCUUUUAGUCACCAACUGAAACGGUUUUGUUUUCCCAAGCCUUACUGUAUUUUGCUGCUGCUGCUGCUCUCCAUUGCUUAUCGGGCACUGUGUUCUUGUAUUGGUUAUUCUGUUUCAGAUCAUAACUUUCUUGCAGACCUUGUGGUAGGACACAAAUAACUUAAGGAAAUAAUAAAUAAAUACUAAACCUCGUUGUCCUUUAGGAUGCCACAAGGCGGCUGUUUUCGCCCAGUCAUUCUGUCUCUGGGCUGAUGCUGUUGUGCUUAAGCCACAGGGUGGGGGUGGGGGGUGCCAUUUCAGGAAAAUCCUGAAAUGUAUUUCUUCUAUGCCACUGAAACGGUUCCAGCUGUUCACAGGAAGCAGCCUCUCCUUGGGAAGCUGUUUAGGAGAACUGGAAAGCAGAGCUCUCCAGUGUUUAUAUUAUGGGCCAGCUUCAUGGCCUGAAACCUGGUGUAUGUGGGGGUGGUGGCAGUGGGGAAGCGAGUCCUUUGUUACCAUGGGAGAGGGAGACCUUUGCACACUUCCCCAGUAUUAUAUUUUCAAACCUAGGAUACAAAGGAAGUCUCUUUUUAUGAAAGGCUUUUCGGCGUCUCAAAAGAAGCUGGCACAUUCUUACUCCCACUAGACCUCCCUAGAUCUCAGAAAGGGACAGGAAUUGAUCGCUUAUUUCGGAAACGCCAAAGAUGAGCCAGUGAAAACCUGAAGACAUUUCUGGAGUGAGUGGCUGGCUCUGUCUUUAGUAAGCUAAUCUCCCUGCAAAACAAUGCAACUGGCUGAGUUAAGGCUUUUUAAUUAAGUCUUCCCAGUGUGUGUUUUCCCCCAAGCCCUUUUAGCAGAGUGCCGUAUUUGCUGGGGGUGGGAGAAAGAGGGCAGUUGCUGAGGGGUGCAAAUCUCCAGCAUGGAGCGUCAGGCUGGCUCCACAGGGGGAACUCUUAGGGCAGGGAGCCUGAGGUGGAAGAGGCAAUGUUUUGGAUGGUGAGAUUGGAAAGGAUUUGAGGAAAAUCCUGAAAUGG